ACAUAAAAAUAAAUAACUAAACCAAACCAAACCAAACCAAACAAACAAACCCCAAAGCCAUAGAAGAGCUACCCCAAUCAACCCCCGGGCUCCGCCGUCCUCCGCUCAGCCCCGCCGUAUGGGUUGACGAAGAAGGCGUCCCGUUCGUGCCCAUGUCACAACCCACCACCACCGCCGCCGCCGCCGCCGCCCCUCCACGACUGGCGCCGCCGCCGCCGCAUCCUUCGCCGCUGUUCAAACAGAAGUCGUGGUCUCCCGAUGGAUACCGCGACGAGGCAUGGCAGCGGAGAAAAGGCAACCACGGCCGCCGCAGACGGCGGAGCAAGAGCGUCACCGACGAGGACCUCGACGAGCUCAAAGCUUGCAUCGAACUCGGAUUCGGGUUUGAUUCGCCCGACACGGAUCAACGCUUGUCGGAUACUCUGCCCGCUUUGGGUCUCUUCUACGCCGUUAAUAAACAGUACUACGACAGCGUUUCCAAGUCAUCUUCGUCGUUGUUUUCGUCGACAGCGUCUGAGUGUGACUCACCGUCUUCCGUGGGUAGCCCCCACUCCAUGUUCGGCCCCGGUGAUAAUCCCCAGACGGUGAAGACAAGGUUGAGACAAUGGGCACAAGUGGUGGCUUGUUCGGUGCGGCAGUCUUCUUCUGGCUCAUGAUGUAAUACAUCUCAUACCAAAGGGUUUCAAGCAAACCAUACUUAUAGUUUUAAAUUUAAAAGAUAAAAAAAAUUAAAAAAAAAUUUACUUGUUUGAUCCGAAUAUUAUCAUAAUUUGUCCUCGACCAGCAUGUUUAUAGCUUGUUUGCGUACCCAUGUAAUGUAAACCUCAAAAAAGAAGAAGAAGAAGAAGAGGAAGAAAAGGUCUACAGUGGGGUUUGACUUCUGCUUUUUUUGGUUUUGUGCUAAUUGCUGUUAAUGAUUUGUUUUCUUUACUCGGUUUAGGUAUUAUAUUUUAGAUUUUCAUGUCUGAACUUUGAUGUAAAAAGGUCGAAGUUACUUGUCUUCUAUCGGAGAUAUUCUGUUAUUUUUUUGACUUUUUUCUUUUUAUUCUUUCUUUUUUUGGUACAUUAUAGUUUCUAACUUUUUAAAUGCAAUGAAAUUAUUGUACAUAUACAAGGGCA